UAGCGUAAAAUUCGCGUGCUGUUGAGUAGAAUUGUGUGUGUCAGGGAAAUUCGUAGUUUAAUUAUACUUGGCAAAAUAACAUUUAAUGCAUGUAAGACAUUUUAACAUGCAUAACUGAAGUGUCAUUUAUAGAUAUACAACUACUGUGUGAAAGGGGAUACUGGUUAGAUUUAGCUGCUGGCACCACACAAAAGUGUUGCAGCAAAACAGUUUGGAAGUCGGCAAAGUGUCACCUGUAAUUGCACCCUGCAUUCCGUUUUUUUGCAAACUUAUUUUGAGUGAAAUUUUUCUUUCAUCUCUUGCUACGCAUUUAAGGUACUCAAGACUGUUUUACUGUGUCACUUGCUUGUAGACAGCUAGCAGCCGCUCAGCGCCUUACUUUUUUAGCAUUACCAUUUAAAACUUCACUUAUGUAUAGAAGAAAAGAGUGUGCGGCGGUAGCAUUUGUAAUAAAAUCGAUAUACGUGCUGUUAUGGCAAAUGGACUUUUUAUUCGUCCAGUUCUGAGGAUAAUGUAUAAUUCUUGGAAGGUUUUGCAAAUAACUGAAGACAGUAUUUGGGGCAUACAAACAUAUGCUUUCAGUAGAGAAUGUCACAAUACGGCUACACGUCUUAAAACUAUUUGGCCAAUGGAAAGAAAAGGACUUGGGAAAAGAUUUUUCAGCCAGGAUUUUUAUCAACUAGAAAAAGAGUACAGCAAAGCCUAUACUCGGAGGUGUGGAAGACUUGUUGCCAAGAUUAGAAAGAAACUGGAAUCUGUGUACAACACAUACCCAUUUAGUUCUAGUAACACAAAGAUUCAUGUAGGGGAACAUGUCUUCUUUGAAGAUUCUGGAUGCAUAUAUCGAUACAAAAAUGGCAGUAGUGAAAUCUUGGAAGUAUUGCUUAAUACUGAAGAACUUGGAUUUCAGGAUGCUUCGGUCCAGCGGAUCAGGCUGUCUCCAAACCAGCUGCAUUUGGCAGCAAGCAUAAAACACUCAGAUUUAGAAGAAUGCACCUGUGUUAUUGUGAAACUCGAAGAAACUCCUGAAGUUUGCUCUGUCAUACCUAAGGUGUUUAGCUUUGAAUGGGCAAAUGAUGACAUUCUCUUUUUCGUCAGACAAGAGAAUUUGCAGUGCCAUGAGGUCUUUCAGUUGGUCUUCAAAGCAGAGAGGCAGUACAUGCAUCUUGUUUAUGCAGAACACGACCCAAGGUUUUUUGUGGAAGUUUCUUGCACUAAAGACAGAAGAUUUCUUACAAUCAAUUGCAACAGCAAGAGUACCUCAGAGGUUUGGUUAAUAAACUGCCAUCGGCCUUUUGACAUGCCCCAGCUUGUGCAGCAGCGAACCCCAGGAGUCAUCUAUCAUGUCGAGCAUGGGAAUAAGGAGCUGUAUAUUGUCACUACUUAUGGCAAUAAGAUAUCAUAUAAGGUAACUUUAUUACACAACAGUAUAUUUUAUGGAAGAGAACAUCAUUGUAGAACUAGCUUAAACAUAUUUCCUUACACACAGUCAUAG